AUGUCAACGAAUUGUUACAAAUGCAGCUGUGCGCGCUGCUCGCAGCAUCCAGACAGAUUCACGUACCAGACACGGCAGGUUAUUACGAAGCACGCGAAGAAGUACCCCCCUGUCUUGCAACCAACAGGUGUCGAUAUCAAUGCUGAUGCAGGCGCAAAUCCGAUGAAUGAUGCAUCCAGGUCAUCAUCUGAGUCUGAGGGUACCGACCAUCGAGAGAUACCGGAGAUUCCACCUCAAGGCAGAGAGGAUGAGUAUGAUUUCGAGUUUCAGCAUAUGGACGACCAACAUGCGGAAGAGCAGCCUCGAUUUCAGGCAGAACGACAAGAACCUGUCCAGGAACUCCAAGACUUCAACUUCCGUCCGGUGGCAUGGCCUGACGUGCGAGUUCCUGGCAGUGACCAGGAUCAAGAGGAUCGGCCGUCCCUUGUUCCACGAGCCUUCCAAGAACGUCCGGGUGUCCGCCUUGCCUAUCUCAACACAGUCAUUGGUAAUGUCUUUGGAAAGCAGAGCAUACAAGCUGCAACGGAUGCUCUCAACAAUCAGCUAAAUUGUAUGCUACUCGAAGGUGUACUACCCGAGCAUCCGCGUCCCGUCCGCCAUCUCCUCAGCGCGAAGUGUCGACUCGGCAUUGAUGCUGACCAGUGGGUCACUCAAUAUGCGAUAUGCCCCGAGUGCUGGAAGCACUUUACUCCUGCUCAGGUCAAGGAGCUUCCAUCUCCCGAGUGUACUGUGCCAGACUGCGAAGGAGUACUAUACGACGAACAUACUGAUGCGAAAGGCAAGCAUGUCAGAACCUCCAAAAAGAUCAUGCCGCACGUAUCUCUCAUUGGCAGCCUUCGCCGAAUGUUCAUGCGACCUGGUUUCGCAAAAUCAGUUCGAGACAGCCGACAAGAUCGUCCAGGACAAAAUGAAGACGAAGACUAUGUCAUGACCGAUAUGCAUGACGGCAUGUUAUGGCAUGAGCUCGAGACUGUUACGACUUGGAUAGUUCUUGCGUAACUAAUCCAAUAAAGGAGUUCCUCGUGUUACGACGUUCUGUUCAGACACUUGAGGGGCUCUCCCUCUAAGUGAAGUUCGAGUAUAGGCUAGUCUCUUAUAAGAGCUAGAUCGGAAUCAAGUAUCUUCCUCAGAAGAUGAUCAAGUAUCAGAGAGAACCAAGU